AUAUUCGUUCCUAACCUAUGGCAUACCGCAGUCGUCUUUUCGCGCGCGUUCGAUCCGAAACGUACCCGUCCGCCACCGCGCGCGCGCCCGCGCCACCGUCGGAUCGCCGAACAAGGCGGCCAACCGUCGACGGCGGUAGUGUGCGGCGCUGCUCACCGGCUCGAUCCGUCAGUCCGGCAUUAUCGUUUCGCCGUGUUCGUUGUCAUCGUUCGCGCGCGCCGACAUCGUCUUCGCUCUUCUCGUCGUCGUCGUCGUCGUUAUAAUAAUAAUAUUACGAUGAGUUUAUUAACCGGUCGCUCGUGUGAAUACUACGAUUAAUAUGCGAUCGCUUUUUUUUUUUAUUGUUUUAAAUAAUAAUAACUAUCGGUCCGUAUUAAACGCUCGAGUUUUUCAUUUUUUUUUCUUUCUUUAACGAUAUAGUGCCUUCGAACUUGGCUUCGCCACUGAUAUUAUUAUAUUAUUAUUGCAAUGAUCGUGUGAUAAGCGUACAACUUUCGUGUUAUUGUUUUCGAUAUCCGAUGAACGCUUUCGUGCUCGAUGGUGCGGUAAACCGCAAGAGACGAGUAGUUCGUCCAGGUUCAUCGACGCACCGCGGUAUCGAUCCAAGUAGGAAAAAGAUCCGCAAGACAGAAUAUGACGACGGAACGACAACACAAUGUGACCUCCGACUAAAUGUCGGUGAAAGUACGGUCAAUCAGUCGACGUCGAUGGCUAUUGAAACUGAUAAGAAAUCAAGAUACUCAAAUGCUGAUUUUACGCGAGCAAAAGCUUUUUUGUAUUUAAAAUUCAAGAAAAUUAAUCCUGCUAAUAUUAACAAAGCCCUUGAAGAACAUUUAAAGCAACUCGAUAAAGAUGAAACACAAUUAAAAAAGAUUUUUGAACAAUGUUACGAUUUAACAAAAGGAUCUGUAAAAAUGAGUGAAGCUAUGAUGAAACAACUUGAGACUAACUCAUUUGCUGUUCAUGUAACAGAUAUAUCUUCUAAAAUUGGGGAUAGAUUGUUCAAUAAUUCAUGUAAAGAAGUUGUUAAGAAAACUGUUAAAAGGAAUAAUAUUACAAAGGAUAAAAAACGUAUGCCGCCAAGUUUAAAAAAAAGAAUUGAUGACAAGAUUUCAAUAUUAUUUGGUAACUUUAAUUUGAAAAAAGAUAGAAAAAUCCUCUACUCAAAUUCAAUUUUUCAUACUGUUCCUGAAAAUGAUAUAAGCCAUGAUAAUACUUGUCGCAUAACUAAAUCAUAUAGCAUAGGUACCACGCAGAACGAUUCCAUCAAAAAAACUAAAAUUUCUAAACCAAACGCUAAUUGUAUUGUCCGAGAAAAUAAUAUUUCAUGUAUAAAUAAUCCGGUUAAUGAUAUUAGAAAAAUUAAAAUUCCGCAAUUAAAAAUAGAUGGAAUUGUUCAAAAUACCGAAAAAUCUGUGCUGGAAAUAGUUCAUAAUGCUAAAGAUUUAGCGUUAGAAACAAAUAUUGGAACAGGAGAAAUUGUAGUUCCACAAUUACGAAUUGAUGAAACUAUUCAAAAAACCAAAGAAUUAGUAUUGGAAAUAGUUGACGAUGAUGAUGUUGAAGAAAUUAAGUCUCCACGGUUAAUAAUUGAUGAAACAAUUGAGAGUAUUGAAGAAUCUGUGUUGAACAUUUCAGAAGAAAUUACAGUGACACAAUUAAAUACGGACAAAUGUGUUAAUAAUGUCAAAGAUUCUGCAUUGAAAAUAGCUGGUGAUGGUGAAGAGAUGAUUCCACAAAUAAGAAUUGAUGAAACUAUUCAAAAUACCAAAGAAUUAGUAUUUGAAAUAGUUGACGAUGAUGAUGUUGGAGAAAUUAAGUCUCCACGGUUAAUAAUUGAUGAAACAGUUGAGAGUAAUGAAGAGUCUGUGUUGAACAUUUCAGAAGAAAUUACAGUGACACAAUUAAAUACGGACAAAUGUGUUAAUUAUGUCAAAGAUUCUGCAUUGAAAAUAGCUGGUGAUGGUGAAGAGAUGAUUCCACAAAUAAGAAUUGAUGAAACUAUUCAAAAUACCAAAGAAUUAGUAUUUGAAAUAGUUGACGAUGAUGAUGUUGGAGAAAUUAAGUCUCCACGGUUAAUAAUUGAUGAAACAGUUGAGAGUAUUGAAGAGUCUGUGUUGAAAAUUUCAGAAGAAAUUACAGUGACACAAUUAAAUACGGACAAAUGUGUUAAUGAUGUCAAAGAUUCUGCAUUGAAAAUAGCUGGUGAUGGUGAAGAGAUGAUUCCACAAAUAAGAAUUGAUGAAACUAUUCAAAAUACCAAAGAAUUAGUAUUUGAAAUAGUUGACGAUGAUGAUGUUGGAGAAAUUAAGUCUCCACGGUUAAUAAUUGAUGAAACAGUUGAGAGUAUUGAAGAGUCUGUGUUGAACAUUUCAGAAGAAAUUACAGUGACACAAUUAAAUACGGACAAAUGUGUUAAUGAUGUCAAAGAUUCUGCAUUGAAAAUAGCUGGUGAUGGUGAAGAGAUGAUUCCACAAAUAAGAAUUGAUGAAACUAUUCAAAAUACCAAAGAAUUAGUAUUUGAAAUAGUUGACGAUGAUGAUGUUGGAGAAAUUAAGUCUCCGCGGUUAAUAAUGGACGGAAAUAUUGAAAAUACCAAAAGUUCUGCAUUCGAAACGAACAUUGAUGUUAUUAAUGAAAUAGAAAAUACAAACGAUAUCAAUCAACAAUCCGAAAUAUUAAAACAUUUCAUCAAUAUUGUACUUAAAAUUGGAAGACUUAUUGACCCUGAAGACAAAAUAUUCAAAAACUCUAUAAUAAAAGAUUUGGCCACAUAUUUUUUAAAUGAUGAUUUUCUAUCCAAAGUCGAUGUACUAUUUAACACUACGGAAUCGGAUCUUGUUGGGGAGUUAAUUGUAAAACUUCUUAAUAUGUUUAAUGACAGCCAAUUUAAUAUGGCAUCAUUUUCAGGUUGUUUAAUUAGCGUAUUUCGUGAAAUUGCUCUUAAGUCUUCAAUUCCUCCGUGUAGAAUGAAAUUAAAAUUGAUUGUCUUCCUUGAUGCUAUUAAAAAAUAUAUAAGAGUUCAUGAUUAUGGACUUUAUAGAAGUUGGUUUUUGCCUAGUAUGUUCUUUGAUUGGUGUUUUUUUGUUGCCUAUAUCUUUAUGAAUACUAAUAAAGAUUUUAUAAUAGAUCUUAACAAGAAAUCGAUUAUUAAAAAUGCAACAUUGUAUUAUAACAUGGUUAAACAGAGUAGAUAUGUAUUUAUUAACCAAGGUUCUAAAUCAAAGAAGACACUUAAAAGGAGUGGUAUAUUUGAAUUAACAAGAAUUGACGACUUGUUAGAAAUCGAUGACGUACAUACAAAAAAAAGUGAUAAUCAAGUAACACCAAAUAUCUCUGUUAACAUACUUUUUAAAGAACCUAAACACAAUAAACUCAAAAUGAAAAAUGAAAAUGAAAACUGUAUAGAAACUAUUAAUCUCACUACAAUGGCGGGUGAUGAAGAAAAAGAGUGUCCUACUCCAGUUAAUUAUAAUAUAUAUGUAAAUCCUAAAUAUAAUUUUUCAAAGUCAUUUCUUAAACCAUUAGAUUUUUGGUUUGGUUUUGAUGUCACUGAACUUAGAAACCAAUUAGAUGCCACAAUAUCCAACAAAAGUAAUGAAAGUUCUAAUGUUGUCCAAAACAAUACUACAAAUGUUGAUAACAAUAUACAACCAAUAGCUAAUAAUUUUGUAAGUGAAGGGACAAGUGUAAAGAACAAAUCAAGAAAAAGAAAAAAAUCUACACAAGUUGAAUCGCCACGCGUAUAUUUCACCGUUGCAAAUAAUCCGAAACAAUUCAAUCUCACUUUUGGUUCUUCAGUAGUCACUCAAAGUUCUAGCUCAUCAAGAGACCCUCAAAAUACUAGUUUAUUAACAAACCCUCAAAAUACAAGUUGUUUGGCAAUACCUCAAAGUUCUAAAUCAUCUAAAGCCCCUCGAAAAUCAAGGUCACCAAAAAAUCUACGAAAAUUAAGUUCAUCGACAAUUCCUCAAAAUGAAGGCUUAUUGACGAUACCUCAGAAUCCAUAUUCACCGACAGUUUCUCAAAAUUCAAUUUCUUUAACAUUUCCUCAAUAUACAAAUUCUUCGACAGUCCCUACAAAUCGAAGUUCAUAUAGCAACAAUAAUUUAACUAAUACUCAAUAUCAAGAAACUUUUCAAACAGUGAUUCGUCAAAAUCCAUAUUCAUCGACAGUACCUCAAAAUACAAGUUCAUUAACAAUGCCUCAAUAUUCAAGUUCGUCGGCAGUCUCUCAUAAUGCAAGCCUAUUGACAAUACCUCAAAAUCCACAUUCACCAACAGUUCAUCAAAAUUCAAAUUCAUUAACAUUCCCUCAACGUUCAAGGUCGUCGGCAGUCUCUCAACGUCCCAGAUCGUCGGCAGUCCCUCAAUCUCCAAGGUUGUCGGCAAACCCUCAAUGUCCAAGUUUAAUGAAAAUACUUCAAAAUCCAUAUUCGCAGACAGUCCCUCAAAAUUCAAGUUCAUUAACAUUUCCUCAACGUCUAAGGUCAUUGGCAGUCACUCAAGAUCCAAGCUUAUUGACAAUACCUCAAAAUCCAUAUUCACCGACAGUCUCUCUAAAUUCAAGUUCAUUAACAUUUCCUCAAUAUUCAAGUUCGUUGACAGUCCCUUCAAAUCAAAGUUCAUAUUACAAUAAUAUUUUAUCCAAUACUCAAUAUCCAGAAUCUUCGCAAACAGUGAUUCCUCAAAAUCCAUAUUCACCAACAGUUCAUCAAAAUUCAAGUUCAUUAACAAUGCCUCAACAUUCAAGCUCGUUGGCAGUCCCUCAACAUUUAAGUCCAUAUUACAAUAAUUUUUCUUCCAAUCAUACUCAAAUUCCGAUUGGUUUUCGAAAAGAUUCUUCAAUUUCUAAUACUACACAAACUUCAAAAUCGAAAAGCACAUCUCUACCAGUGAAUAACAAUUUACAAUCGUCAAUAACAACUCUGCCUCCAGAUUCUUCAAAUAAAUCGUCUACCAUGAAUGCGAUGUGCUCGAUGGUGGCAAAUACAUGUUCAUCCAAUGCAUCAAAUACAUCAAACGUUAAUAAAAAUCCGUGUUUCGGGAAUUCAUGCCGUCACUAUGCUCACCAUACACCAUACACGGGUUUUAUCCAAUCUCAUAAACAAUCGCUUUAUAAUGAAAACAUUCCAUUUACCACUUCUCAACAUUCAAAUACACCUACAUGCAUUACAAAUCACAUGGAACCGAUAUCAAGAGACGUUGCAGGAAAUACUCAAACAAUUGAGGCAUCAAUUAAUAACGCCUAUAUUCAACAAUUAAAUGACAAAUAUAAUAAUAUUAAUCAUGGAAGUAGUCUUGUGAAUCAAAAUAACUUGCAAACUCCGGAAUAUAAUUCUCAGGUUUCACCAGAUUUGCCUGAUGCACGACUACCUAAUAUGCCAAUUCUUCAGGAUUCUAAUACUAGAAACAAAACGUGUAUGGCUGCCAAUUGUACAAAUAUUUCCUGUUUUCGUUGUGAAACUUGUAUGGCUGCCUUUUAUUGCAGUACACAAUGUCAAACUAAUGAUUUGCAUUACCACAAAAACGAAUGUCAACGUUUUUAACUGGAUAUAAGGUUAUUCAUUUAAAAUUAUUAUGAAUCUUUUUUGAUAUAUUUUGAUAUUUAUUAUAAUUUAUUUCUAUUUAAUAUGUACUUAAUUAGUAAUUGUUUAUAGCAUGAGAAUAGUUGUUAUUAUUAUUUUCAUAUUUUAUACUGUACAAAUAAUUAAGCAUAACUUCUUAUUAUAUAAGAUAACUAUUUGUACAUACACUGUUGUUUAUAUAAUUGUAUCAAAAGACUGACGUAACUUUAAAGCAGUUUAACUAAAACUUUAUUUUUAUUUGUUAUUCAACUUUCCUAUAAUUACAGUAAUUAAGAGAUUGAAAAUCAAGGAUUAUUUGUAAAGAUUAUACAUCAGUAUACUCUGUUCAGGAUGAGAUCGUACUUCUGUGGCGACCAGUUUUCGUCACCAACUGUCAGUUGCUUCCCAAUCUAUAGUGAGACAAUAAUUCCAAAAAAGCUCAGAAAAUUAGCCUUGCGGAAUGAAGCCACACCCAUGCGCACAAGUUGGCUGCCGAGGUAUGAUCUCAUUCUGAACAGAGUAGUAUUACAACGGGUUUUCUAUGGAUACAAUGUUAUUUCAAUUAAUGAUUACUAAUAAUGAUAAUAACUAAUUAUACAUAAUGAUCAGUGGAGAUCAGUGCGUAAUUAAUGCUAGACAAUUAAUGGAUGUGAGAGGCUAUUAAAAUCAAUUAAUACUUCUUAAUAUUUAAAUGGUAAUUAAUAUUAAAUUACUUAAUAGAAAAUACAUUUUACAUGAGUAUUAAAAGAUAACUUUGAAUUGGUUAUCACAGAGUUAAACUAUUAAAAUAAUAUAAUAAAUUAAAGAAUCCUGGAACAUUUAGUACAGGGUGCGGCAGUCAAAUCCGACAAUUAAAAAAAAUGUUUUAUUAAUUUUUUGUCAAACAAAUAAAAUCUACACAUGUGGGAUUUUAUGUUAUGUAUUUAAAAACUUAAUUUUUUAAAGAUUGUGUCACGCAAAUGCCUUCCUUGGUUAGCCAUAGAUAAAUCAUUAUUAUUGUAAUUCGCUUUUACCAUGCACGUAUGCUAUUCACUCAAUCAAUGCUCCAUGAUUACUAAAUUUCGGGUAUUUAUAAGCGAUAAGAACAUUCCCGAAAUCUACCACUUUGGCCCUGCCCACCAGUUCUUUUUAAAUCGUCGGGUUUAACUGCCGCCAGGUCCGGCUCAAGUGUUUAAACACACCUAGGCAAACUUGAGUUUUGCCGCCCCUUGUACAUCAAAUAAUUUUUUUUUAUUUAUAAUACAAACAUAAUAAAUGCCGCCCUAGGCGUGGGCCUAUGUGUCCUACCCCUUGAGCCGGGCCUGACUGCCGCACUGUACAUACUAGUGUAUAUUAAAGAUGUAAUAGAUAAAUAAUGUCAAAUUAUUGAUUACAUUUCUUGUAAUUAAUAAUAAGUAUUAAUAGACAAUUUAAAUAUAAUAUCAGUUAUAAUAAUUUUAAAUUUUAUUAUAGUUUUAUUUAAAAUUAAGAUUAUUAUUUUAAAUGAUAUACCUAAGUACCUAUAAGUAUACAUUUAUUAUACUAAUAGUAAGACCGUAAUUUGAGUGGGUCUUAUUUAAAACGUUAAAUUAUUUAAAUAAUAUCUAAUAAUAUAUUAUUUAUUUUGGAAACAUUUUAUGUUUGACCCCAUGAAGAACUCUAAAUACGGUCUUAUAAAAGCGAUUAAUUUCAUUUUGACCAGAGUCAGAGCAUAUAUUUGUAUUUAAUAAAAAUUAUUUUCAAUUAAAA